AGUAUGGAUUGGAGGGCAUUUUUACUGGUUAUAUUUCUAGCAACUUUAUCGGCCACGGAGGAAAAUCCCUGCGUUCCACGAUGUGUAACAUUCGAAGAAAUCAACACGCUUUGGGCAAACGAAAACUACGAGCUAUACUGGCAGUGCGAUCCAGUCGAUGAGGAUGUGUGGGUUCCGGUUCUAAGAGUUUGUGCUCCGGAAACGUUGUUCAGCUUCCGACAGCAGACCUGUGUACACCCGGAUGAAUGGGAGGAAGUUUGUGUUCCUGGCGAAGGCACUCCGGACGACGGUGAUGACGGCGAUCCGGGCGAUAAUGACCCUGGAGAAGAAGAUUCAGGUGAAACAGAUCCUGGGGAUGAGGAUACGGAUGAUCCAGAUGAUCCAGGUGAUAAAGACCCUGAUGAGUCAGAUCCCGAUGAUACUGAUCCUGGAGAAACAGAUCCAGAUGAUGAAAAUUCAGAUGACAAAGACCCUGAUGAAACAGAUCCCGAUGAUAAAGAUCCUGAUGAUACUGAUCCCGAAGAUAAAGAUCCAGAUGACACCGAUCCAAAUGAUCCUGAAGGUGAUGUAGACCCAUGUGUGCCUCGUUGUGAAACUUUCAAGAAAAUCAAUACUCUAUGGGCACACGAGGAUCCUGAACGUUAUUGGCAGUGCGAUCCUCUGGAGGAAAAUAUCUGGAUUCCAGUUCUUAAAAUUUGUGCUCCGGAAACAUUGUUCAGUUUUAGACAGCAAACCUGUGUACACCCGGAUGAUUGGGAGGAAGUUUGUGUUCCUGGUGAAAGUACUCCUGACGACGGUGACGAUAUUGAUCCAGACGAUGAAGACCCUGAUGACAAGGAUCCAGAUGAAACAGAUCCAGGAGAUGAGGAUCCGGAUGAUAAAGAUCCAGAUGAUCCAGAUGAUAAAGAUCCGGAUGAUCCAGAUGAUAAAGACCCGGAUGAUCCAGAUGACAAAGACCCAGGAGACGCGGAUCCAGAUGAAACAGAUCCUGGAGAUGAGGAUCCGGAUGAUCCAGAUGACACAGAUCCAGAUGAUAAAGAUCCUGAUGACACAGAUCCCGAAGAUAAAGAUCCAGAUGACACCGAUCCAGAUGACCCUGAAAGUGAUGUAGACCCAUGCGUGCCUCGUUGUGAAACUUUUAGAGAGAUCAACACUCUAUGGGCACACGAGGAUCCUGAACGUUAUUGGCAGUGCGAUCCUCUAGAAGAAAAUAUCUGGAUUCCAGUACUUAGAAUUUGUGCACCGGAAACAUUGUUCAGUUUUAGACAGCAAACCUGUGUACACCCGGAUGAUUGGGAAGAAGUUUGUGUUCCUGGUGAAAGUACUCCUGACGACGGUGACGAUACUGAUCCAGACGAUAAUGACCCUGAUGACGAGGAUCCAGAUGAAACAGAUCCUGGGGAUGAGGAUCCGGAUGAUAAAGAUCCGGAUGAUCCAGAUGAUAAAGACCCUGGAGAUGAGGAUCCGGAUGAUCCAGAUGAUAAAGACCCGGAUGAUCCAGAUGACACAGAUCCAGAUGACAAAGAUCCUGAUGAGACAGAUCCCGAUGACACCGACCCAGAUGACCCUGAGAAUGAUGUAGACCCUUGCAUUCCUCGUUGCGAAACUUUUAAGGAGAUCAAUACUCUGUGGGCUCACGAGGAUCCUGAGCAUUACUGGCAGUGCGACCCACUGGAGGAAAAUGUAUGGAUUCCAGUUCUUAGAAUUUGUGCACCGGAAACAUUGUUCAGUUUCAGACAGCAAACCUGUGUACACCCGGAUGAUUGGGAGGAAGUUUGCGUUCCUGGUGAAAGUACUCCUGACGACGGCGAAGAUACCGAUCCAGACGAUAAAGACCCUGAUGACGAGGAUCCAGAUGAAACAGAUCCAGGAGAUGAGGAUCCGGAUGAUAAAGAUCCAGAUGAUCCAGAUGAUAAAGACCCGGAUGAUCCAGAUGACACGGAUCCAGAUGAUAAAGACCCUGGCGAAGAGGAUCCGGAUGAUCCAGAUGAUAAAGACCCGGAUGAUCCAGAUGACACGGAUCCAGAUGACAAAGAUCCUGAUGAGACAGAUCCCGAUGACACCGAUCCAGAUGACCCUGUGAAUGAUGUAGACCCUUGCGUUCCUCGUUGCGAAACUUUUAAGGAGAUCAAUACUUUGUGGGCUCACGAGGAUCCUAAGCAUUACUGGCAGUGCGACCCACUGGAGGAAAAUGUAUGGAUUCCAGUUCUUAGAAUUUGUGCACCGGAAACAUUGUUCAGUUUCAGACAGCAAACCUGUGUACACCCGGAUGAUUGGGAGGAGGUUUGCGUUCCUGGUGAAAGUACUCCUGACGACGGUGAAGAUACCGAUCCAGACGAUAAAGACCCUGAUGACGAGCAUCCAGAUGAAACAGAUCCUGGGGAUGAGGAUACGGAUGAUCCAGAUGUUAAAGACCCGGAUGAUCCAGAUGACACAGAUCCAGAUGACACAGAUCCCGAUGAUGAAGACCCAGAUGACACUGAUCCAGAUGAUACUGAUCCAGAUGACACUGACCCGGAUGAUAAUGAUCCAGGUGAUGAUAAUCCUGACGAUAAGGAUCCUGACGAUAAAGACCCUGAUGACACUGACCCGGAUGAUGAAACCCCUGACGACGACGAACCGGACGAUGAGAACCUAUGCCCCGAACCUGCUUGCCUAACAUUCCAGGAAAUAAACACUCUGUGGGCUAUUCCGGAUCCGAAUUUCUUUCUCCAGUGCAGACCCACCGAUACACCACGCUUGUGGGUUUUUCAGGAAAUGCCUUGCGCUCCCGGAACGUGGUUUAACUUCCGCAUUCAAGUGUGCGUAUUCCCCGAAGAUUGGCGACCUUGCGGGGGACAGCUUUCGCCAGCUGUUCCAAAAGAUAUUCGUGAGCUGACGACCGUUGACGACAAUUAUUUCAACCCAAUAGCCUGUCCAUGUACGGCGUCGGAUUCUUAUUGUUUCUGCGCUGAAGGUCAACAACAAGCACCCAAAAACGUUACCUGCGGAGUUCCAAAGUGUGAUUCGGAUCUGAAUAGACGUGCUCUUUGGCCUGGUUCGACCGGGGACAGUUUCUACCAGUGCGUCUCCGAUGAAACAUCGAAACCUAAAACGAUCGGAUUCCACUGCCCUCUGGGUACGCUGUUCGAUUAUCGUUUGCAACGGUGCAUCCAGUGGACGAAGGGCAUUGUUGCCUGCUCGGUGAGCCUGGCACAUGAUCGAUCUUAAAAAA